CGACUCUUUAAGACUGCAGAUAAAAGAAAUACAAACAAAAAUUAAGAGUCAUUAUCCAUUCUACGACUAAACCUAACAUACAUUUCUCUUUGUUUACCACAUCCAACGUGUGUUCACCAAACAUACAGAGCGAACGCUAACAAAGGUAGCCUAUUUCACAAUAGGCAUUAAGACAAGUCAUCCGGGAAAGAGCCCUCAGAUAUGGACACAUUACAUCUUUAACCCUCAAAACCCCGCAUCACUUCCGCUGUUUCUCCUCAUCUCUCCAGCAGAGCGUCACCUCAUCCUCAGUUGGUCUCGCGUCUAAUAGCUCUCUAGCCGGAGGUUUACAUGCCUUUGCAUCCAUCUGAAAGUAUACACUGAGAGAAAUGUCUGCUGCCGGAGAUGUGCCUGCGUUCUUCCAGAACAUGGGACGCUCCAGCCCCAACCAGCCACGGCAGAAAUUCUGUGGCAUGUUCUGCCCAGUGGAGGGUUCGGUGGAGAACAAGACACUGGACUUUGACUUGCUGUCAUCAGGGAAAGGUCGAGUGAUCCAGAGGCAGAAGGAUAUCUCCAAACCACGAAAGGUGGAGAUCAGGAGAAGUACCGGAAAAGAGAUUCUGCAGAACCUAAACGACGAGAGUGACCGUCUCUUGAUUAAAGGGGCGAAGAUUGUGAAUGAUGAUCAGUCGUUCUGUGCCGACAUCUAUAUGGAAGAUGGCCUGAUCAAGCAGAUUGGAGAGAAUCUGAUAGUGCCUGGCGGGGUGAAAACCAUCGAUGCUCAUGGGCGUAUGGUGAUGCCGGGUGGCAUUGAUGUGCACACGCGCUUCCAGAUGCCUGACAGGGGCAUGACUGCUGCGGAUGAUUUCUAUCAAGGCACCCGUGCUGCGCUGGCUGGAGGAACCACCAUGAUCAUUGAUCAUGUGGUUCCUGAACCCGGGAUGACUCUGAUCUCGGCCUUCAAUCAGUGGCGGGAAUGGGCGGAUAGCAAAGCAUGCUGUGAUUAUUCUCUUCAUGUGGACAUCACUGAAUGGCACAAGGGUGUUCUAGAGGAGAUGGAGGCGCUCGUCAAAGAUCACGGCGUUAACUCUUUCCUCGUCUACCUGGCUUACAAAGAUGUUUUCCAGCUCACUGAUUCCCAGAUCUACGAAGUGUUCAGUGUCAUCCGGGACCUCGGGGCCAUUGCUCAGGUCCACGCUGAGAACGGAGACAUCAUAGUCGAGGAGCAGCGCAGGAUUUUGGAGUUGGGUAUCACUGGACCAGAGGGUCAUGUCCUCAGUCGACCAGAAGAGUUGGAGGCGGAGGCAGUGAACCGCUCCGUAACAGUGGCCAAUCAGACCAACUGCCCUCUUUACAUCACCAAGGUGAUGAGCAAGAGUGCUGCUGAUGUCAUUGCCCAGGCCAGGAAGAAAGGCACCGUUGUGUAUGGAGAGCCAAUCACAGCCAGUCUUGGCACGGACGGCUCGCACUAUUGGAGCAAGAACUGGGCCAAGGCUGCCACCUAUGUCACGUCCCCACCCUUGAGCCCGGAUCCCACAACACCAGACUAUCUCAACUCACUGCUGUCAUGUGGGGAUCUGCAGGUAACAGGAAGCGCUCACUGCACCUUUAACACCGCCCAGAGAGCUGUGGGUAAAGAUGACUUUACCCUCAUCCCUGAAGGAACCAAUGGCACUGAGGAAAGGAUGUCCAUCAUCUGGGACAAAUGUGUGGUAACUGGAAAAAUGGACGAAAAUCAGUUUGUGGCCGUCACCAGCACCAACGCCGCUAAGAUCUUCAACUUGUACCCGCGCAAGGGCCGCAUCGCAGUGGGUUCAGACGCCGAUCUGGUUCUGUGGGACCCUGAACUCACGAAGAUCAUCUCAGCGAAGAGCCACAAUCUGGCGGUGGAGUACAACAUCUUCGAGGGCACUGAGGUGCGUGGGUCGCCUCUGGUGGUCAUCAGCCAGGGAAAGAUCGUGCUGGAGGAUGGGAACCUCCACACCACUGAGGGAUCCGGCCGCUACGUGACCCGCAAGCCCUUCCCUGACUAUGUCUACAAGAGGAUAAAGGCUCGCAGCAGGCUGGCUGAACUGAGGGGCGUCCCACGGGGUCUCUACGACGGGCCGGUCUGUGAAGUCUCAGUGACGCCCAAAGCUAUGACCCCUGCUUCCUCUGCCAAAACCUCUCCUGCCAAGCAGCCCGAUCAACCGGUCCGCAACCUGCACCAGUCCGGCUUCAGCCUCUCCGGUGCUCAGAUUGACGACAACAUCCCCCGCCGCAACACCCAGCGCAUUGUUGCGCCCCCUGGUGGCAGGACCAACAUCACCAGCCUGGGCUAGAUGCCCUCCUUCAGCCGACAGGAGAAUAGGGGCUUGGGGGGGAGGGAUGUCUAUAACGGAGGUGUUUGCUGAGACCACCGUGUCACAUCAAGAACAGGGCCUAUGAUUCUCCACUCCCUAGUCUCCCAACCCCUGAGCUCCAUCCCGAUUCCCUUGUUUUUCUUUUCCCGACCUUACACCACUUCCUAAAGGAGACAUCUAGAGAAAAAAAGCAUUUGCCUCAUGUGAAGAGAGAAGGAAAAAAUGUAACAUCCACAUUUGAGCACUUCUGAUUGUAUGAUUUUUAUACUGUACUUUCGACCCACCACGAGUCAUGUUAUUAUUUUUGUAUUUAACUUUAUUUGCUUUUUGAAAUCAGAGGGAUCAAGUGUGUGUAUUAGUGAAGCUGUUUGUCAUUGUUACUUAUUAACAAGGCAGUGGUUAGAGUACUGGGUUUCUUGUGUCGUUGUUUGUGGCUAAAGGUCUAUUAAGACUUUUAAGUCUACUACAUUAGGAAUGUCUUUAUUUUUGGGAAUCUUUUAUUACGUUUUUUUUAUUUUACUCAAACAAGCGUGCCCUUUCCGUGGCAUUCAAUGCGAUCAUUUCUGUACCAGUCAAUAAAAGAAAGCUUUUCCAGUGGUUGCUGAUUAAAAACCAUGUGUUGUUUCACAACCAGAGAUGUGUAAUUAACACUGUUAAUGUUACUGAAGAAGAAACCGCAUGUAAAAACAAGCAGCUUAGCAAUGAAAAUAAGAGAGGACCACAAAUGAUUCUAGCUGGAAACCUUCCUUGUUCUGGCCUCAAACUCUUUUUAUGCUGCUUUAAUACCCAAAGGCUAAGAAGAGGAUAAAGUCAAGGUUGUAUUUGGCCAUGAAAAAUAGUGAGCUGUUUAGCUACUGUGAGGACUAUUGAGAACUUAAAAGGUGUUAUCUAUGGAAGGUUGUUUCCGUCACGGGAUAAAAAAAA